AUGCCGACUCAGCUGUACACCCAGACCGUCACCCCCUUCCUGCGCGAGCACAUACCCGGCAUAUAUGCGCCCAUCGGCAAGCCAGACACCCAAGCGUCCGAGGAGAUCAAGAAAGAAAAGGAUCCCAACAGCAAGUUUUGCUACCGACAUCGACCCGAUUCCAAAUGUCGACGAGCUGCCGACGAAAGCAAGAUGGUCAAGAUUCAGCAGGAACUUGACACUCUACCAGCAGCAGACCAGCAAGCCAUCACUCAUGUGUGGUCGCUCUUCUCUGCUGCUCCUGCGCGGCACCGUGACCUGAUGCUGCAAGGUAUCAUUACGCAGUGCUGUUUCCCCCAGCUCUCAACCGUCUCGCGGGAGGUUCAUGAACAACUGAAAAUCGACUUCGUCGCCGCGCUUCCUGUGGAGAUAUCCUGGAAGGUCCUGAGCUACCUCGAUACCGUCUCGUUAUGCAAAGCAGCCCAGGUCAGCCGCCGCUGGCGUGACCUCGCGGACCACGACGUCGUCUGGCACCACAUGUGCGAGCAGCAUAUCGAUCGCAAGUGCACAAAGUGCGGCUGGGGCCUUCCCCUUCUUGAACGACAGAAGCUCCGUGACUGGCGACGGCAGCAGGAGCUGAAGAAGAGGCGAGAGGAAGAAUCACAUAUCGCUGUUGCCACCUCCGCCACCACAAACGGAUCGAAGAAGAGGGAGCUCGUCAUCCGAGAGGACAGCCGCAAGAGAACCUGUCAUAACGCCGUCGGCGAAGACGACUCCGUAAGCCAAUCGGAACCCGACAAGAGAUUUAGGCCAUGGAAGAGCGUUUAUCGAGACCGAUGGAAGAUCUCCUACAACUGGACGAGAGGGCGCUGCGCUGUCAAGACGUUCAAGGGGCAUGAGAAUGGCGUCACAGCGCUUCAGUUUGAAGACAACAUACUCGUCACCGGUUCAUACGACACGAAGAUUAAGAUUUGGAACAUCGAGACAGGAGAAGAGAUUCGAACAUUGACGGGCCACACGAUGGGCAUUCGAGCUUUGAAGUUUGUCGACAACAAACUAUUUAGUGGCAGUCUCGACAAUACGAUCAAGGUGUGGAACUGGCAGACCGGCGAAUGCAUUAGCACACUGCGUUGCCAUUCCGAAGGUGUGAUUUCGGUCGACUUUGAUGGCAAGUGGCUCGCUUCCGGCUCCAUCGAUAAGUCGGUCAAAAUUUUCAAUUUUGAUAGCAAGGAGACGUUCUCUCUGCGUGGCCAUGACGAUUGGGUCAACCAUGUCCGGCUCGAUCCGGUCUCACAAGUUGUAUUUUCGGCUUCAGACGACUGCACUGUCAAGAUUUGGGAUCUGGAGAACAAAACAUGCAUCAAGACCCUUGAGGGUCACAUGGGACAGGUUCAGCAAGUCUUGCUGAUGCCGGAGGAGUUUGAGCCAGAAGAAGAUCUCGUACCUGCCGACAGCGCUGACGCUGCCUCUGCCACGAGUGGCCGAAGCAGCACGCCGUCGGCAUAUGUUCACGCGGCCUCGACAUUAGGCUCGUCGUUUCAUGAUCACGGUUCUUCCUGCCAAGAUGAUAGUCGCACCGCGUACGGUGCGGCAUUCGCGAAUAACCCCUCCAGGCCACUGCCGCCGCGGUACAUCCUCACCGCUGGCUUAGACAACACUGUCAAGCUUUGGUGUACGGCAUCAGGCAAAUGCCUCCGUACCAUGUUUGGGCACGUCGAGGGCAUCUGGGGUCUCGUCGGUGACUCAUUGCGAAUGGUGACCGGUGCGAAUGAUGCCAUGGUCAAAAUUUGGGAUCCCCGAUCUGGCAAGUGUGAGAGAACAUUUACUGGCCAUACGGGACCAGUAACAUGCGUCGGACUCAGCGACAGCCGCAUGGCGAGCGGCAGUGAAGACGGAGAAGUGCGGCUUUACAGUUUCGAAGCUGACGUGCCUCUUCUCGAAGAGUACGGCACCCCGACCUGA